AAUACCCUUAUCGCCGCCAGACUUAUGUGAAAGCUCGCGGCGAAAAAGUAUCUUUGACAGCGCCGUGUUUCGCUCUUUCUUUCCGAAACCUUUUACGCCAUGGGAAUCAGUCGGGAUUCGUAUCAUAAGAGGCGCUCCACCGGAGGCAAGAGGAAGCCAAUCCGUAAGAAGCGAAAGUAUGAGUUGGGACGCCCAGCAGCCAAUACAAAGUUGGCAGCGUCUCGUGUUCACGUUGUAAGGACACGUGGUGGCAACACCAAGUUCCGGGCACUUCGUCUGGAUACUGGAAACUUCUCAUGGGCAUCAGAGGGCACCGCCCGGAAGACUCGUAUCAUCGAUGUCGUUUACAAUGCUUCUAACAACGAGCUGGUACGUACCAAGACACUCGUGAAGAAUGCCAUUGUUGUGAUUGACGGCACCCCAUUCCGGCAAUGGUACGAGAGCCACUACAUUCUGCCACUUGGACGCAAGAAGGACACCAAGGGUCAGGAUGAGAAUGAUGUGCUCACGAAGAAGCGCAGUGGACGCGUCAUGAAGAAAUACUUGGCGAGGCAGAAGCACGCUAAAGUAGAAACCGCCCUCGAGGAGCAAUUCACGUCCGGACGUUUGCUUGCUGCUAUUUCUUCCCGCCCUGGACAACAUGGCCGAGCAGAUGGAUACAUCCUGGAGGGUAAAGAGUUGGAGUUCUACUUGAAGAAGAUCAAGUCUAAAAAGUCAAAGUAAAACAACAACAAAUGUGGACUAAAUAAAAUCGAAAGGAUUUUAA